GUUCAUGACCCUCGAAACAAACAGGAACCAAGUUCUCCGUCGGCAACUCCCGAAGUAGGAGAUGGAGCAACAUAAAGCAGUGAAGCUCGCGCUAGUAUUCAUAGAAACUUUUGAAAGAAGACGGUAAAUUCCAGUAUGGCCGGCAGCAGUCGCGGCAGCGCCGCGGCAUUUCUCGGCCGCCAUAUGUAGUAGUCCAAACUCCGUCUAUUUACUCCAUCAAGUCAUUUCUCAGGGGCUCUUCUCCUUGUCCCUUGUCUCCAGUCGACCACACCGGGACACCUAACGGAAACCAGUUAAACUCUGUCCUGCCAAAUGCAGCUCACAGCAACAGCCCCCACGCUAGAAGGCCAAGCCCAACCUGCUGCGGCGACCAAGAUAGUUCUCGCUGGGAAAUUGUUUGACCCAUACACGCUCGAACUUCUUGAUAAUCAAGCCAUCACGAUAUGCAACGACUCUGGAAUGAUACUCGAUGUCGCCCCGUUCCCAGAGAACGGCGGUAACUUUGCGUCUUUUGAUGGUGAAGUAAUAGACCUUCGGCACUUGACGGUUCUGCCAGGUUUCGUCGACACUCACGUCCACUUUUUCUUGCAUCCGUAUGCAGAGACCUCAUGGGAGGAACAGGUUACCAAAGAGUCCAUCGUCGAGCGCACCAUCAGGGCCACAGUGCACGCUAAACGUACCUUGAUGGCAGGUUUUACGGCUGUGCGUGAUCUAGGUACCGAGGGUGCAGGGGAUGCAGAUAUUGCGCUACGCAAGUGUUUAUCGAGCCCUGGUGCCCUCAUACCCGGCCCGAGGUAUUUUUGUGCCACAAGGGCAAUUGCGCCCACUGGAACGUAUGGUCCAAAGAGUUCCCUCUACCUAAACAAAGAAGGUAUCGAUGGUGUCACCGGCGUUGAUGCGGCGGAUGGAACUCAAGAGUGCAUCAAGGCCGUCCGGAGGCAGAUUGGCGCGGGGGCUGAUUGGAUCAAGAUCUAUGCAGACUACACCGUUCGAUCACGGGCUUCUGAAGUCUCGCGUAGGGUUGGGGCUGCGUCCAUGGCCACAUUCGAUUAUGAUGAACUGAGGGCAAUGAUCUGCACUGCCCAUGCAUAUGGAGUCAAGGUCGCCGCUCAUGCAACGAAUAGGUCAACCAUUAUUCCCCUGAUGAGUCUCAGGGUGGACUCCAUUGAGCACGCAUAUGAUAUGACCACUCCUGACACAACUGCGGUAGAAAUGUUUGGAGAAUAUGUAGGCCAUAAAACCAAAUAUGUGCCUACCCUCGCGGCAUAUUACACCAUGACCCAGGGGAAAGGAGAUCUUUGGGAUCGUGCUGCCAGUUCUUUCAAGGCAGCUUUGGAACUGGACUUGGACAAUAUUUCAUGCGGGGGCGAUACGGGGGUCUUCGCUCACGGAGCUAAUGCGUUGGAGCUAUCGCUCAUGGUCCGUCUGGGUGCCAACUGGAAGAAGGUGCUUAGAUGGGCAACUUUGGGCGGCUGGGAGUGUGUACGAUCAAGGAUGUGGGAAGGCGAGGCAGGAAAGACCCGACUCGCCCAGGUAGGUGAUCUCAAGGAGGACCCAAGGAUUAUUGGUGAUAAUGAAGUACCGUUUGGAGCGGUGAGGAGAGGGUUUAUCGCUGAUUUGAUUGCAACACCGGGAAACUUUGCGGCAGAUUUCGAAAGCGCGGUGUCCGCGGAAAGCAUACAGUUUGUCAUGAAAGGUGGCAGGAUCUACAAGCGUGAUGGUCUACCUCUUGUGUAACAGGUACUAGUAGUAUAUGGCUCUCGCGGAAUUUGACCACACGGCGAUCAUUAGGGCCAAGUGCAAGUUGGAGUGCAACGUUAAUGAUAUGCCACCUGGACGCCCAUUUACCAGUAAAGCUGUUUCAAAAUAUUAAAUUGGUUAAUUUCCGUCAUCAGUUGGACGGCGGCGCUGUCCUCGGCCACAUCUGACUGAGGUUGCUUUAAACUACCUGACUUGGUGACCCAUUGAUUUGAAAUUGAGGAUAGCCGUGAGAUAGCUUAAUCAGCAACUAUACAGCUCCACGGUUUUCCACAAAUUCUCCACUCUAUAUUUUCCUGAUACAUACCCUCA